AUAAAAUAUUCGGAGGUUACUAUUACAUGAAUAUUUACGAAGUUACAUACCUUGAAUUUCUCUAUACAUCCCAGCCUCACUAUCCGCGUACGUUACAACGGCAGUCGUAUACCACUCAGUACUCACGAUAACACUGUGGUCAUCAUGUCGACCAAACCACUCGAUAAUGAGGCCCCUACAAUGCACCAGAAGACUGGUGAGCGUGCACUGUCGCACGCUGACUACGACGACGAGGUCGAGGAUGUGAUUGACGAGCGAGAGAUUUUCGACAUCAUCCGGAUGAUCACUGACCCAGAACAUCCAAAUUCGCUGGAAGAGCUGGGUGUAACAAAUCUGGAGCACAUCGAGAUUGACCUCGCUAGUAAGUGUGUGGCGGUGGAGUUUACUCCCACCAUCCCUCACUGUUCCAUGGCGAGUCUGAUAGCACUGAGCAUCCGUACGCGCUUAAUCAGAUCCUUGCCGAUUGGGUAUAAGAUCGAUGUCCGGGUGAGAGCAGGAACACAUGCCUCGGAGAGAUCAGUGAACAAACAGGUGAAUGACAAAGAGAGAGUAGCGGCCGCUCUAGAGAACAGCCAUCUCAUGGAUGUUGUGAAUCAGUGCUUGACCACCAUUUGAGACCGCAUCUGGAAAACACGAUACUCGAAACCGAACCGUUCCAUCGGAGGGCUCUUGUGUCUGGAUAAAAUCUCCAGUCAUGUGUUUUUAAUGGGACAGUAUGCGCGUGCACCUCGCCGUGCAAUAUUCCCACCGAUAUGCAGUCCAAUUACCGUCUUCCAUUGACCAUGAUGAACUUUAUCCAUCCAAUGUUGUUCUGACGCAACUAUUGGGAUCGUUGAAGUGGUUUUUACGAGUUUUGCCGUUGAAUUGUCAGUGUUUCUACACUUGAGCUCGCUCACGGCUCUACAGUAUCUCUUUCUAACCAUGGUACGGCGGACCUUAAAGCGUCGGUUGAUCAGACUGCUUCCAUUGUGCUCGAUAAAUCGGUUGCACUUUCAGCAAGCUUCCUCGGGUAUUCAGCGUUCUUCCAUGAAAUCAAAAAGGGGUACCGAUAAAAACAGUGAGGCCGAUGCAGCCUUGAGCUCUGCUCACAGUCCUGUACCUGCACUGCUCAGCGCUCAUCGUGAUACUUUAAACAUAACUAUGUUACCAGCGUGCUUUUAGAGUAUGAGAUAAGUAAUAAAACUUUAAUGCGUGUGACUCCAGGGACUAUGCAAUGCCAUA